GCUCUGUUAGUACAUUGAAAGAUCAUGGGCGUGGUCUCUUAUAAUAUGGAGGUGGCCUCCCCAAUCCCCCCAGCUAAGCUGUUCAAAGCCUUUGUGCUUGACAAUGACAAUAUCAUUCAAAAGGUUGUACCACAGGCUAUCAACAACGUCGAAAUCCUUCAAGGAGAUGGAGGGCCUGGAACUGUUCGAAAAAUCACUUUCGGCGAAGGUAGCCAAUUCAAAUACGUGAAGCAUAGGAUUGAAGAAAUUGACAAGGAGAACUUCGUAUACAGAUACAGUGCAAUUGAAGGCGAUGUUCUAGUGGAUGUUCUUGAAAAAAUUGAUAAUGAGAUUAAGUUUGAGGCAUCUGGUGAUGGAGGAUCCAUUUGCAAGAACAGGAGCACUUACUAUACCAUUGGAGACCAUGAGCUCAAACAGGAGGAGAUUAAGGCUGGCAAAGAAAAAUCCUUGCAAAUUUUCAAGGCUGUUGAGGCCUACCUCUUGGCAAAUCCCCAUGCCUAUAGUUAGAAUUUUAUUUUAUUUUCUUUGGCAAAUCCCCAUGCCUAUAGUUAGAAUUUUAUUUUAUUUUCUCAGGCUAUAAGUACAAUAAACUGCCUUUUCCUUUGCUAAUAAGAAAGUUACACUGUAAUAAAGGAUUCGAACUCGAGAC